AAGUGCUGUUUGAGGGCAUCAAGUUUGCAAUGCCUUUCAGCCAUGGUGUGGUUUAUGGCAGAUUUUUCACAUGUUCUUGAUGGUUUUGAUGAGAUUGUGCAUGCCACACUGGAUAACUACGACCCAGAUAUAAAUCUUGUAGAUGAUGGUGAAAGGGGGGAGCCAGAUCACAAUUGGGUUGAUGAAGUAGUUAGAUGUGAAGCAAGGGGUGGUGUUGGUAUUGGUAGUGAUCUCAGCCUGAGGUACCUUAGGCCAAGACGAGAAAAAAAAGAUUGCACUCUAUUGACUCGGAGCAUCGAGUUCAUGUUCUCAGGCAUUGAUGCAGAUCUCACCUUAGACCUUAUUAGGCCAUUGGAAUGGCAAUCGGUGUCUCCUGUGCUGGGUGCUGCCUGGAAGUAG